AUGUCAGAGAAACGCAAAGAGCAUGAAAGCGGGGCCGAAAAUGAGGUUAAAAAUGAGGUGGCCGAAAAACGCUCGAUUGCAAAAAGCAAUGACGAAACAAGGGCAAUAAAGAGAAGGCACACGGAGGGACAAACGGACAGGUGUGUGGGAUCAGAGAUACCGUCGCACGGGUUCAAGAUUCCGGUGCACGAGACGUUUUCAACGAAGAAAUUGCACCGGAAAUUGACAUCGAAGCAGGUGGAUAACGAACCGUCCACUUUUGAGAAAGAGCUUGUUCGGAUGUCGAAGUUGGAUGGAAAGAGCAAUGUGGAGGGCGAGGCGUCGCAGGAGUGGGGUCGUCCGGUGUUGCCGGCGAUCGACCCGGCGGAAUACGACAUCGUUUUCCAGCAGUUGGACGCAGACGAGACGAUAAUUGACGGAUACUCAGCAGCGCGUUUUUUCGGCGUUACCAACGAAGGACACUCGGUUUUGUGCAAAGUGGUCGGGUUUCGGCACUACUUCUAUGCGCCGGUGCCGAAGGGGUUCGGCCCGGGGGAUUUGGGGGAGUUCCGGCGGUACAUGGAGGCGAAUUACCAGGGAAUAGUGGACGUGAAGAUCGCGAAGAAGGAAUCGAUCUGGGGGUUCAACAACAACGUGAAAUUGCCGUUUUUUAAAGUUGUGGUGGACAACGCGCGGCACAUAGGCCGGGUGCGGGCCGGGUUCGAGCGUGGGGAGGUGCAGUUUAAGGGGCUUUUCCAGCCGGCGGGCCAGAUGACAUUUGACAAUGUGCAGUAUCUUCUCCGGCUGAUGAUCGACUGCCAUAUUGUGGGCAUGGGGUGGCUGACGGCCCCCAGGGGCAAGUACGAGCUGGUGGGCGCGGCGGAGAGGGAGAGCACGUGCCAGAUAGAGAUCAAGGUGAGCUACAAGGACCUCAUUUCGCACGCGGCGGAGGGAAAAUGGCAAAAAACGGCUCCCUUGCGUGUGAUGUCGUUUGACAUCGAGUGCUCGGGCAGAAAGGGCAUUUUCCCGGAGCCGGAGCACGACGCAGUGAUCCAGAUUGCCAACGUGGUGUCGCGGGUGGGCGAGAAGGUGCCGUUUGUGCGAAAUGUGUUCACGGUGAAGAAAUGCUCGCGGAUCGUGGGUUCAGACACGUUUUGCUUCGACAGCGAGCGGGAAAUGUUGAUGGCGUGGCGGCAGUUCGUGGUGCAGGUGGAUCCGGACGUCAUGAUUGGAUACAACAUCUGCAAUUUCGACUUCCCGUACCUGUUGAACCGUGCAAUCGCCUUGGGAGAGGAGAAAUUCGCAUAUUUCGGGCGUCUUACGCGUUCCAGGCAGGAGGUGAAGGACGCGGUGUUCAGCUCGCGGGCCUACGGCACCCGGGAGAGCAAGACAGUGAACAUUGAGGGCCGGAUGCAGCUGGAUUUGUUCCAGUUCAUCCAGCGUGAGUACAAACUCCGGUCGUACAGUUUGAACGCUGUUUCCUCGCACUUCUUGGGUGAACAGAAGGAGGACGUGCCGCACUCGAUCAUCACGCAGUUGCAGAACGGUACGCCGGAGACCAGGCGCCGGUUGGCCGUCUACUGCUUGAAGGAUUCGUAUCUCCCGCUCCGGUUGAUGGAGAAACUCAUGUGCCUCGUUAACUACACGGAGAUGGCCAGAGUGACCGGUGUGCCGUUCUCGUUCUUGCUCUCUCGAGGCCAGCAGAUCAAGGUGAUAUCGCAGUUGUUCCGCAAGUGCCUCGAGCUGGACAUCGUGAUCCCAAACAUGAAGAGUGAGAACGUAAACGAGGAGUACGAGGGGGCCACCGUGAUUUCCCCCGCCAGGGGUUACUACGACGUCCCCAUCGCGACGCUUGACUUCGCCUCGUUGUACCCGUCGAUCAUGAUGGCGCACAACGUGUGCUACACGACUCUCGUGGACCGGGCGACGAUCGACCGGCUCCAGUUGAAGGAAAACGUCGAUUACGAGGUUUCUCCGAAGGGUGACUGCUUUGUGACCGCGGCCAGGCGGCUGGGGAUACUCCCGACAAUCUUGAAAGAGCUUCUCUCGGCGCGUAAGAAGGCCAAGAAGGCCAUGAAGGCGGAAAAAGACCCGUUCAAGAAGCAGGUGUUGAACGGGCGGCAGUUGGCGUUGAAGAUCUCGGCGAACUCCGUGUACGGGUUCACGGGUGCGACGAUCGGCAAGCUCCCCUGCUUGGCAAUCUCGUCAUCGGUGACUGCGUGGGGCCGGAAGAUGAUCGCGAAGACGCAGGAGACGGUUUUGCAGAAGUACAACAUCAAAAACGGGUACAAGUACGACUCGCUGAUCGUCUACGGGGACACGGACUCCGUCAUGGUGCGGUUCGGCUACCCGGACAUGGAAACGUGCUUCCGGUUGGGCCAGGAGGCCGCGGACUAUGUGACAACGAAGUUCAAGGCGCCGAUCAAGUUGGAGUUCGAAAAAGUGUACUUCCCCUAUCUCUUGAUCAACAAGAAGCGGUACGCGGGGCUCUGGUGGACGCAGCUGGACCACUUUGACAAGAUGGACACCAAGGGAAUCGAAUCUGUGCGCCGGGACAACUGCCGGCUCGUCCAGAACGUCGUAACGCGUGUUUUGGAGCUCAUUCUUGAGGACCGCGAUGUGAAAUCGGCCCAGGAGUUCGUCCGCCGCACCAUCGCGGACCUCCUCCAGAACCGCGUCGAUUUGUCGCAGUUGGUCAUCACAAAGCAGCUCUCCAGGCAGGAUUAUGCCGCCAAACAGCCCCACGUGGAGUUGGCGGACCGGAUGCGCAAACGUGACCCCGGUUCGGCCCCCACGGUGGGCGAUAGGGUUGCCUACGUGAUUAUAAAGACCGCCGGAGACCGCAACUGGGAGAAGUCCGAGGACCCGUUGUACGUGCUUGAGAAUUCGCUGCCCAUAGACACCAAGUACUAUCUCGAGAACCAGCUCUCGAAGCCGCUCAUCCGGAUCUUCGAGCCCAUCUUGGGCGAGCACAAGGCCCGCGAUUUGCUCACGGGGUCCCACACCCGGACUGUCCGCGUGGCCUCGGCCAAAUCCGGCGGCCUCAUGCGGUUUACGCGGCGGUCCAACACCUGCCGAAGCUGCAAGGCCCCAAUUCCGGCCUCCCAGAUGCUCUGUGCCAACUGCCGCCCCCUCAGUGCCCAAUUCUACGCCCGUGACCUCGCAAACCUGAACGCCUUGCAGGCCAAGUUCAACAAGCUCUGGACCCAGUGCCAGAGAUGCCAGGGCUCGCUUCACCAGCAGGUCUUGUGCACAAACCGCGACUGCCCGAUUUUCUACAUGCGGAAGAAGGUCCAGAAGGAUGUUCUGGCGCAGGCCGGCGAGCUCAGGAACUGGGAUGCCAUCGAGUGGUAG